GUACGUACUAGUGGACACUGUCUGAGAUGAUGGUCCUGAGGUGUUGAAGCCGUACAUUUACAUACAAAGCUAGUAGUACUCCAGGUAUGUAAUGGCAUCUACUUCACAACUUCGUCCAGGCCACUCCUUGACAGGACGCUGCGUUCAGCGCAGCUGCGGUCGAGCUGAGGUGGCGUAGUCGGUAGGACCUCGCACGACCCGUUGAGCCCGCUGUAGCGGGCGCCAUUGAAGAUCACAUACGUCAACAUGGCGUCUUGGCUAAGCAACAUGAUGUCCGAAGGCGGCGCCUCCGGGAACACGGAAACCGGCCCGUAUGCUGCCGGUCAAGCGGUGGAAUACUACUCGGGUACCUUGCAGAACUGGAUGCCGGCGAAAAUUCUGCAGUUUAACAGCUAUUCGAACACCUACAAUCUGGACUGCAAGCCCGAGGUGCCACUCAACAGGAUACGACCACUGUCCGAUGGCAGCAACGUGGUGGGAGGAGGGGGUAUAAAUGUUUUGGUUGAAAGAUUCAAAGUAAAAGUUGUUGUCUUCAUGCGCCCAUAAUCAGGAUGUUCACGUCGUCGUUUUCAAUAAUACGAAGCCUGUAUCUACAAACCGAAAAUCAACGCCAGGCGGUAACAGCCCCGCUUCGCGCGUCACGGUCUCGAGUACCAGCGGGGUGACGCCGGCCGGUGGCACGGCAACGGAAUCCGUGAACUACUCUGUCGGCAUGCAGGUCGAGUACUAUUCCGCGACCGCGCAAUCGUGGAUCCCGGCAAAGAUUCAGUAUGUGAACGCCGACGGUACCUACAAUCUCGACUGCAAGCCAUUAGUCGCAAAGGACCGCAUCCGCCCGAUGGUAAUUGGCGGUGGCGGAGUAUCCAAGAAAAAAACUGUGUAAGUGUAACUUUGUGUUGCAGAAAAUGCAAACCUGUUACACUUGUCAUGCUGGACAUGCAUCAAAGGCAAUUUUCGCGCGUGUUUUGACGUACUAGCUACGCAUGACAGGUUUUCUGUGUCAUGCAGAGCAAACUUGUGAUGCUAUUCCUCCAAGAAACUUACACUUACACAGUUUUUUUCCUGGAUACGGAGCGCCUGUAGGACAGCAGUCGCAGCAACUACCGGGUAGUAGCGCUAGCUCCCUGGUCAGCCCCGCGGGUAAUCCAUCCUCAUCCAGUAGCGGUGCGCCGCAGCCGCAGCCAGUCUCUCAGUUACCCGACCCCAAUUCGGGUUUAUUCGGAGGCACCAGCCAAACAGGAGCGUCUUCCCCAGGAACGGGCAGCGGUGGCGGGAAGUACGCACCGAAUCAGCAGGUGGAAUACUUGUCGGGGACGUUGAAUCAGUGGAUCAGUGCGAGAAUUCUGUCCGUCAACAACGACGGGACCUACAAUCUCGAUUGUAAACCACUGGUGGCCGCGGAGCGCAUCCGGCCGUCCGGCUCAGGAACAGCGCUGGAUGGGGCGAACAAACCGCGAACGCUGGACGAUGUCCGGUUGGAGGAGGGCGGGACGGCGGAGCCACGGACCUCGCAGUCCUCCAAAUCGCGGGCCAUGCCGGCGACGAUGGCGGUGAUACCGGAAAUAGAGUCGUUCACGGACCACCCGAUGAAAUCAGCAACUACCAUAAAGUCGCUGGACGGGCUAUGGAAGCGUCAGGAUUGAAAUCGUCAAAGUUGAAAAUUGUGAUGCAUAAAACCGAUACCAAUUGGAAGCCCAAUUUUCAAGCGGCGCAUGACCAAUUUCUACGUCAUCAUAAUCCAGUUUGUCAUACUGUUUAGCGAAAGAAGGCAUCCUUUGUCAUGCUACUUCAGCAGCUCUAUACCAAACCCGAAACAGGCUGACAAUCGGCCUCGCAUGCAAUCCCUGCAAGACAGUCACUUCGUGCCUUGUAUUUUAUGCAUCACAGAUUAUUUCAACUUUGUCGAUUUCAAUCCUGUCGCGGCCAUACGGGCCGAUACAGCUGAUCCGAUUAGUGAAGUCCGGCGCGGGAGGUAAUGAGGUGAAAUUUGAACUGUGUAAGGAAGCGGUGGAAAUCCUGCGCGGAAUGGGGGCGGUCAAGUUGAGCGUAGUCACGGUCGCAGGUAAAGUAGAUAAAGUGUUUAUAUGUUCUUUUUCGUUUCUUCCUGAAAGGACAGUUUUUGGCAUUUUUGGUGCGAAAGUGCGUUUGCACGACAUGAGUAGGUCUUCUUUAUCGCAGAAGUGAAAAAGUUCUUGUUGCGGCUAACACUGUUAAUACCCAAGAGGAAAACUGUCCCAAACAGGCGCUUUCCGGACCGGGAAAUCUUACCUCCUGAACCUCCUGCUCGACCGCGUGCAGCAGGGCCUACCGGGUUUUCAGGUAUCCCCGAGAAAAAAGCAGGCAGGUCAUAUUUGUAAUGCAGAAAGAAAUACAGAAAAAAACUUGUUUUGCGUAUCCUAAACAGGAUGCUAUGGGGCUGCCCAUGACAAAUCUUUCUGUGUAUGUAUUUUUGCAUUGCAAAUCAUAUGCCCUGCCUGCUUUUUUCUGUGGGAUAUCAGGUGGGCGUCGGCCAGGGUACGUACACCAAGGGUAUUUUAUGAGAGAGCACAACGCCCCUCGUUCUCAUUUCUCAUGCAAAACACCAACUCCACGCUUGCCCUCCUGUCACUAUUAUGCAUGACAAGUUCUGGGAGCCAUUAAAUAGCACUACCCUCCUGUGCAAAUUUGUCAUGCAAAACCUGCAUUUUGGCUGACGCAUGUAUUGCCGUUCAUGCCAUACAAAUUAGGGGGACGAGGGGGUGUUGUGUACUCUCAUAAAUCUGGAUGUUCGCCCUGAAACCCACUGUCUCCGAUGACAACCACUGCUAUCUCUACCUCGACUGCGAGGGGUUUAGCGAAAAGUCCAACUCCGCGGACAGCACCAACGCCAUGGAGGCGAAGUUGCUGGCUUUGUCCAUACUCAUCUCUUCCCUCUUCGUUUUGAACGUCAAGGGGCCGCUCGAAGAGGAUCAGUUUAACAGCACGAUCGGGUCGAAAGUGACGGAGCUGAAAAAUCUGAUCGAGGGGUUGGAUAGCAAUAUUGGCGGGUCGGUCAUGCUGAACAAACCAUCUCUACUGUUCUUACUGCGGGACUACGGGUUAUGGAAGUGUCAGAAUCGAAAUUGACAACGUCGAAAAAUUUGUGAUGCACAAAAUCGAUGUCAGUUGGAGCCUCAGUUUCCAAGUGGCGCAUAACAAAUUUUGGGAGCACUAAAAUACAGUCUGUCAUGCUAUUUGGGCAAAGAAGAGUCCUCCUGUCAUGCUACUCUGGCAGCACAUUGUAUACCCCUAAACAGGCUUGCAAUCUGUCUCAUUUGCCUGCUCCCCAAUACAGGCCUCCAGUGCCCUACAUUUUACGCAUCACAAAUUAGUUCGAUUUUGUUGAUUUCGAUCCUGACACUUCCAUACGGGUUGGCCAAUAACACCAGUUCGGAUGAAUACCUGGAGAAAUUCCUGUCCAACGUGCCGGAAUACCCGUUUGAACCGCAAAAGCAGCAGCUCGCAAAGGACACGAGGAUUCAGUUCCACCAAUAUUUCCCGGACCGAAGGUGUCGGUCUUUGGUGCAACCCGUAAACGACGACGGGUCAUUAGCGCGGUUACCCGCGGCAAACUUUGCGGAUCUCCGGCCGGACUUCCAGCAGUCGCUGCGGAAAUUACAGGACGAGAUCUAUCGGUAUUGUAUAGUGGGUUUCUACUUUUGAUUUUUUGCUGGAACCAACUAUCCAGAUAUGCUGGACAUGGAAGUUACUACUUGACUAUACCGAUUAUGUCCACUUUUUUCACUUUUGUUUUGUCCUCCAAUACUUCUUGGCCACCUCCCUCAUUUCCGCACCAAAACAAAAAACAUUCUUGUUCAACAUGCAGAAUUUCCUCCGCCCUCGGCCCCAAGCGCGUGGGGAAAGACAUGGCCUACCUGACUGCCCGGGCGUUUCCGAGCUUUCUCGCGCAUUUGUGCGACACGCUGAACACAAACCAGAAACUGGAACUGUGCAACAGUUGGGACCGCGUUGCGGAGAGUUCCUGUUGCAACAGCGUCGAAAACUUGACGACGGAAUACCGGGAAGCGAUCGACCUGCUGCGCACGAAAUUCCCCUUGGCCGAUAUGAAAGAAUGCAAAUCUGUCUGGGUCUGGAUGAUUGCGAGGUUUGUCAUGCAGUUUUUCCAAGCUCCACAGGGUCUGGAAUGCGGGGCUUGGCAAUACAGGUUCUGAAGCCCUUUGAUGAUGCUUCUUCUGCAUGAGAAAUCCCCCACCAGCAGGGCAAGAAGUUGGCAUCUUUUGCAAGUCAUGCAGCACAGAUUUUCGUGUGAGCCACAAUACGCAUGAUAAGUUAACUCUUGUCCAGACCCAGACAUAUUUGCAGUUGAUAGCCGACGCGAAUUUGCAAGCGGAUUUGAAGGCCUUGAAGCAGCACAUGCGGGAGAGGUUCAAGGUAUCAAAAGGAAAAAUCCCCCCUCCCCAUAUCAAAACGGAAAUCUGUAAUGCAGAUUUGUUGUCACAAAUCAGCUUUGUCAUGCUACACGGGAAAAGAUGCGGACUGUAGUGCUGGAUGGCGUGGCGAAGCCUUGCAUCUUCAGCAUGAGAGGAGGCAUCUGAGAGUGGGAAACAGCAUGACAAAUUGCCUGCAAACGAGGCAACGACUGCGGCUCUUGGCCUUCUAGCAUGACAAAUCGAUUUGUGACCUCAAAUACAGCAUCACAAAUUUCGUUUUCGAUAUGGGGAGGGGGGAUUUUUCUUUUCGAUACAAGGACGAGGCCCUCGGGGAUGAAGCCAUGCGAUUGCAGUAUAUUGCAAAUUUUGGUCUAGUAGUUGAUUUCGCGUGCAUCAUUCUGCAUCAGAGAUUGGUUUUGUCUAGCAAGAUUAUGCAUAACAGAAAAUUUUACAACAAUCAUGAGCAGGUACUGGAACGAGUUGAAGGACGGUAUUGUUCUGGAUAACAAGAAACUAUUCACUGCAAAUAUGUCUGGGUCUGGAAGGGUGGAACUUGUGAUGCUCUCUGCGAAAUCUAAAGAUAUCUGUGUUGCAUGAGCAGCAAAAAGGAGUCCAGUUCUUGGUACGCGGAGAGGGUAUGUCUCAUGCGUGAUAAGCAUCAAGAAGCCCUCAAAAAAUCUGUGGUGCUAGGACCUGCAUCACAGACCUCACGGGUCAUGCAAAAUGUGCAUGACAAACGAUCCCGAGGCUUCCAGACCCACACAUAUUUGCAGUUGAUACAAACUUUGGGAUGACAACAACCGCGCGGCCGAAAACAAGCUUCUUCGGUUACUCCAGAUGAACGAGGGCAGCGCAAAGUUCCCCACGGAAGUGAUCAAGGAGAUCGAAACACAGCUCAAGGAGAACGCGAUACCAGUGAAGUGCUGUCAUGCGGUGGCAGGAAUGGUAUAUAAUAUUUGUCGUGAUGCGCGGCUUGUGCUGCGACACCACGGAGAUGAUCUGUAAUUCAUGAUGAAGCGGAUUUUUUUACUUUGGCGAGUUUUCGUGUCUCUUUCCGGAGGGCAGUUUGUCAAUGCCGUUUGCGAAUUGAGUCUGUAUAAUUUUUGCAAAGAUAAAACUGACUAUAACAGCUCCUGAAAGCCUAUCUGCAAGUCCUGGACUCCUCCAAACUCCAUGAACAAAGGAUAAAGGAGAACGAAGAGGAAAAAGAACAACUCAGGACAAGCAUAUCGACCACUGGAGAGGAGAAGAAACGGCUGGAAGACAAGGUACUGUAAUGGAAGAGAUGCCUGCUGCUUUUUUUUUUGUCAUGCGCCACCCUGCAAGAAGACAAAGUAUGCAGUGAUGUACUUAGAACUACUGCCAACAUGAACAAGUCAUCAAAUCCAACCUAAAUCUCCUGUACAAGGUCACUGAGCUUUCCACGGAUCUGGAGCAGUUGAAGAAAACGUACAGCGAAGAAGUUGCCACCACGAAACAGCUCCGCGAAACUCUGGAAAACAUGGCCUCUUCCGGCACGGACAAGGAAAAAGAGCUCGCGUAUCAUUUGUAAAAGCGUCCCCACCUCCCCAGAGUUGUAAUGCAAAUCUGCAUGCUGAAAAUGUUUCUCAUGCGGAGACCCAUGAGAAGCAGUUUCUACUGUCGUUUACGAUUCGUGAUGCGCACAUCCGCAUGCUAUGCUAGACCUGUGAUGCUGCUUCACUAGCUAAACGCCACUACAUUGCGAGUCCAAAUUUGUCAUGCGCAACGGCCAAAGCUGGUUGAUUUGUGUAGCACAUUCCCCAUCGGAUGCGGACGUUUUUGCUCACCAUAUCGCGCACGCACUGCAGGACGCGGAUUUGAAGUAUCAGAAACACCUCGCGGAGGAAAACAGCCACAUUAACUCGGAGAGGAAAAAUAUCGUGAGAAAAAACUGUUUCAAGGUAAAAAAACUUGUGAUGCAGAGGAUGUAGCAGGAAAGUGUUUGUUUUGCUGCACAUGGAAGACAGAGGAUUUUUGCCCCUGUUUUCCCUUAGAAAGCACGCAUGACAAGUUUUCUGUGCCAUGUGAAACAAACCUGUAAUGCAAAACUUGCAACACAGUUACUACACUGAAACACUUUUUUCGUACGAUGAAAAAACGGGAAGAGGAGCGGGAGCGGUUUGACAUGGAACGAACCAACUGGCAGCGGGAGAAGGAGGACCACCGGGAGGCGUUGAAGCGCGAGCACGAGUCGGCUAUGAACGCGUGGGAGCAGGUCAAAUCUAUGAACACGAAACUGGACGCAAUGUCGGCAGAGAUGGCCAAGGGAAGAAAGGGAGCGCCUUGCCAGUGCGCGAUUAUGUGAUGAUGUUGUAUGCGAUAACUUUUUAAUAUUAUCACAACUGCAUCUACGACUUACUUCGUCCGUGCUGUCGACAAUGUCUUUUACAAAUGUAAAUCAAUAAGGCAAACUGAAGAUCAUCGAAAUUGAAAACACCAUCGUAACAAAGUCUUAGGUGUGUUUUUUCUCUCGAGAAGAUUGGAAAAAGAAGGUGUAGUUUUUUAGCGAGUUGUUUAGCUAUUUCAAAUUUCAAUCCAAGUCCAACUUCUAUUAUACGCAACAAUUGUAGACGUAGACAGCACAAUUUUUUCUUAGUAGUUUGUGUUGUUUCACAGAGAUGACUAUUAUAGUUCAAAGGUUUUAAGUUUAACUAGGUCGCAACUAAGCACCAGCCGUACUAGAUGAGUUUUUUUGUACAUCAGAACAGAUGCAGAAAACGCAUAUGCCCACUCGCUGGGUGAGGAUGAUUAACGCGCAAAAUUUUUUCUACGUCAGAAACAGAAUGCCAUUGCAAUUCUGUGUCUCGAAUGAAAUGCAGUUCGCAAAUAAGUUCAGGACAACGUCGAC